UUCAAUUAUCCCAAGUCAGAAUAACCCAUAACCUCAAAAUUUACGAGUUCCGAAAAAAUUUAUUAGAAAAUAAAUUCAUUAUAAUAUUACAGAGAACUGCCAGAGACAAAAAUGAAUUGCUUUCUUUCUUUGCACAAAUUGAAGACAAUAUGUAUUCCUAAUUUGAAUAAGAUUAUUCCUAGGAGAAAAGUUCUAACUUUCAACACCAAAUUCAUUUCUUCUUCAGCAGAAGUUAAUACAAAUGUAAUAAAAGAUGUUAUUCUUUAUAAAUAUGACAAUCCUAGAUUCUUCAAAACGUUAAAUCUGUUUGCCAUAGUUCAAUUUGGCUUUUGGUCAUAUCUCUCCCUUACUGCAUACGAAACCCUUAGGGAUGCUCCUGUGAAACAGAAUGCUGAGAAGUGGUGGGAAAAAUUCAAUUUGGGCGAAAAUAAAUACAGAUAUACUAUAACGUUCGCAAGUUUCCUUAUUGGGUAUGGUAUCCUUGUUGUCAGCUGGAUGUAUACACUGAGGUCAGUGAGAUUUCUGAUUUUAAAUAAGGGUGGACAGAAGUGUACUUUGGUGACUUAUACACCGUUUGGACGAAAUCGUAUGAUGACUCUAGGUCUUGAAAAUACAAGUUGUACUACUUCAAGGCACAUUGCCCCCUCUUACAUUCCGAUCAAAGUUAAAGGAUAUUUGUUUCAUUAUUUGUUGGACAUGAGAGGCGAGUUCAAAAACCCUCGAUUAUUUGAUUAUACAGUGGGCCUUAGACGCAAUUUUAACGCCUAGUAUUUAUUUUAUCAUUUUCUUUCAUCGUUGUAACACCACAUGAAAAAAAAUGUAUCAUCUCUUCUGUACAUACUUUUCUAAUAGAAACUUGAAACAUU